AUGAAACAGAUCCUGAUAUUUGCUGCCUUAGUCGCUGUUUUGAUUCUGGUGAGUGAACUUACGACGGGUCUGAACACAGAAGCGUGGGCAGAGCAGAUACAAGAAAACAAAGCUGAUGGAAAGCUGCUGAGGUAAAAUGCGAUGUUUUUAGUCAUUGCGCAAAUACGUGUAAAUCUAUUAUGGUAAGAAAAACUUCCACCAACGAGGCCUAAAACAAUUCUUCAGCUGAACGCCCGGAUAAAAAUGUUAGUUUAAGUUUGCUGAAAGUCACAGUAAAAACGGAAAUUCAAUAAUAACGUUGAUUGACCAUGCAGGCCCAACUCCAUCUACCCUGAGGUAAAUCCGGGUUAAGUUAAGCAACUCUUGUAAGCAAAACACAUCUGGGAGAUCACUUGAGCAAUCAAUGAGACGGUCGGUGUUGGCAAAUUAAUUUUUUUGAUAAAAAUAUUCUGAAUGAUUUAACAGCUGAAGUCUCGGCUGAUGGGAAUUCAGAUCAGAUGGAUAAGGCCGAUUGACAGCGACAUACCACAGGAAAGGAUGCUAGCUUUUUCAUCUUAAGCUGCAAAAACUUGAAGAUGCAGUUUGAGUAAAGUUUUCAAUGUUUGUGUUUUGCAGUUUAUCGGAUGUAAUAUUAAAUCGACCUCUUCAACGUGUCAGGAAACGCUCUGUUGGAAGAUUCAAACGAUGGUGGUGGUGUGGGCAGAUACACCCAGAGCUACCUGGCUGCCCUAGAAGCAACAAAAAACAUUCCCGAAGCCGAAAAAGACAACAAAGUAUGUCGAGAUAAAACACUAAACAACAGUUUUAACUACGGUAAAACAGAAAAAAAACAUGGCUGACUCAAGAGUCGUCUUAGCCUGUGCGCAUGCGUCUCUUAUUUUGCGUGGAUCAAAGGAAACUAAAGACGCCAGAUCAAAUCAUCUUUUGACUAAUCCGUAAAAGCCGACUUAUGUUUUCUGAUGUAUUUCAUAUUAUUAAUCCCAAAAAAUAAUAAGCAAAAGCGCAGGUGGAAUGCGAAAAAUCUUGAAUUUGCUGGAGCCUUGACUUAAGCUUACUGCUUAGUUUGUACACUGCGCCUUUUAACGGAAGGUUCUUGGUCGUGAGUGCGGGCAGCAGUAAAUAAACUGUAUUCUUCAAAGGCGGGUACCAAACCUGAACUUGUUCUAAGCCAACAAAAGACUUGAGUCAAAUGGUGUUUAUGUUGAGAAUUUGCACGGAUUGAAAACAGAUGCUUCCCCCACGAGACAGCUUCCUCAUUGACAUCAGAAUCUCAACUUUGCGAUACGUACGUGUUAGAGGGACGGGGGCGUGAGAGCUCAAACAUCUUUAGGCUUAAAAGGGGAAGAGGGCAUUCAUCUUCCAUGCAUUUCACUUCCAAUAUGUAUGGAGCAGAGAGCGUAACGGUCCUGAAGAACUAACGAUCAGACGACAAGUUCUCCAGAGAUUUAGUAAUGAUAAUAAUAAUAAUAAUAAUAAUAAUAAUAAUAAUAAUAAUAAUAAUAAUAAUAAUAAUAAUAAUAAUAAUAAUAAUAAUAAUAAUGAGCAAGCUUUUUUUGAUGCAGGUGCAUGGUGACCGCUGACCAAACAUUCCAGUGUCAUGUGUGAGCCGGCGCCAGCAAAAGUUUUGGGCAAUUGUAGGAAAUCAGGACUAGUUUGAUUAAUAUAUUCCAAUGUUAUGAACGACAAGAUGUUGAAGGCCAUUUGAGUUUCCACGUUUUUUUGGUCGGCGGAAGAAUGUAACGGGGGUUAUAGAUGUAAUAGACUGAGGGGAAGUUAUUAGAAGCAAUUUGUCGGCGGAACUUGGGCGGCGUAUGAAAACCGCCUUCCACCACUAGUUUGUUUAUUUAGGAACCACAAACAGUGAAGUCAUAUCCAAUUAACAAUAAUAAUUAUUUUUUUACAGACAGCAGACUGCCUGGGUAAGGACUAUCUGCACGCAACACAUCACAAGACGAAAAGUAGCUGAUGAAAUGUGUAUUAGCAUCAGCUCGUGGAGAGAAAACUAUUCAUCAGAUUUCAUUAAUUUACAUCGACCUACAAUAAAAUUUUUAUCUUACUUCGAUAUAAAAACUUCCCUAUAAAGCAACAUGAAUCAUGAAUAUUUAUUUCAUAGAGUUGUAUUCUUGUAACUAGCUAUUUAAUCGAAAUGAGAUAAAAUAAAAGUGUUAUUUUAAAUUUCCUGGAAGAAGUUUGAUUUUAAUCAAAUAUCCAAUUAUACCAGGCAGACCGCAAUCCCAAGCGAUAAAGAGAUUUACAGGAUAUUGAUGACAUGCAGCUUUUCAGGACGUUUCGCAAACGAAAAUGGUCGCUUGCCCUUUUAAAAAAAACUUGUUAUAUUUCCGCUCCUAAUUCCAAUCUCCGUUAUCAUUAAAAACUGACUAUCUGUUUGGUCUGUUUGGGAAAGAAUCGGAGAUUUUUCGUGGGAGGCAUUGAACAUGCAAGGAAACCGAAAUAGUAAACACAGCAUGUCUUGUGUUUACUGUUAGCCGGAACCAUCUGAACAUUAUGUUCUUAACUGAUAAUUCCGGAUAUGAGGUCAACUAUUUUUAGUCGCAUUCUACGUUUCUCACACCAUUUCCUAUUCAACAACAACAAAACUUUUUCUCGAAGGAUUCAAUGUUAUCAAGCAAACCAUACCAAAUAGAGCGAUGUACACAGUGACAAUGAGAACACAUGAUUUCAUGCGGUUAAUCUCCUAUGUAAAUGAAUACUCUUUUUUAAUCUUGCUAUCUGGCGACCAGGGCUAGUUUGGAAUCAAUCGGCGGUAUUUUUGUAAUCUUUGGAUGAGUUUUCCAACCUGCAGUCAUGCAGUGCAAACAUGUGUGCAAACACUGAGUGCAGCCACCACCUCUAAGCUGAAGUGUAACGUCUGAAGAUAGCACAUCAAGUAAAUGCUUCUAGAAACUGUUGUGCAACCGCCAAGGAAACUUUGAAGGCAAAGCGACUACGAUGGACAAUCCUAAUCUUCUUUCUAUAUCUUAGUACUGUAGACUUGGAUAAACGUUUUUACGGCUCUUUCCCUUUUUUUUUCAUAAAUCAACGUACAGUGUAUGUAAUUGUUUCAUUUUUCUCGUUUUUUUUUCUCUACGUGCGUGUAUUUUUGCCUUUUUUUUUUUUGGUUUUAUAGGGGCACGUGACAUAUCACGUGAUAGGACAUUUUCAGGCUCCUGACAUUUUAAAUCACGAAAAUCGACGAAACGGCGGAGAAUUGCUACCUUUUUUGUUGGAGUUACUACAUUCACUUGAUGUGUAAAAUUAUAUAUGGUCUAAUUGUGAGCAAUGGAUGCUAAUUUUUUCCAGAAAUAUGUUUUUGUAUCAGGCUCCUGUUCGUAUAAAUUAUAGACGAGAAAAUUUAGAGGUAUUUGAUCAAAGCCACAGUUCAGAAUUUAGCAUACCGGUGACAAAAAAAAAAAAAAAAAAAAAAAAAACCCGACGCAAUGAGCAGAUUUGAAUGAUUUACUUCCAAGUCAAGGUUUACUUAAUAUCAAUUGUCCCUCAUCUAUUGCAAAAGAUGCAAAGAAGUGGUUUGUUUGUUCCCGCUGGACGAAGUACAGUUUAUUCAAAAGCUAUGUGAUGAUAACAUUUCGUUUAAAUUCCACACUUGACGGACGUAACAGUCCGAAAAACCAAACCAAUCAAACGACACAUCAACUAAUCAGUUCAAAGGGUUGGAUUCAGGCCACUGAUAAUCUCAGGUUUCCCCUGGUCGUAAUUACAUUAAAAUGUUGCUGUGGGGCUGUUCCCACGCUGUUUUUUAAGCAAUAAUAAACACAAACACAAAAGUGAUUCGGAGUAAAUUAAAAUUGGCUUAAUGGCUCAAAGCUUUUUUAUUACAUAAAGAAUUAAUUCUCUUUAAUGCUAUACUUAUACCUAAAAUACUAAGCCAAUUAAAAGUGAGCGCAGAAAAAAGGCCUUGGUAAUAAUUAAGACAACUAAGCAAGAAACAAUCAAGGAACAAGUCAGAGGAGGAGGUGGGAAAAAAGAUAAGAUGUUCAAACCACGGCCUGUGCAAUUGUAAAUGAACAAUCCACUCAUGCUCGCGUGGUACCAAGGUUACAUACGAGAUUACGAGAGACAAGGUGGUUCAAUUUAUUGAAAUGUGCUUCCCUUUAGCUCUGCCGACCUGUCACGUGCGCAUACCUGAUUGCAUAACGUUAAACAACACAAGAAUAGACCGAAAGAAAGACAGAAAAAUUCCAUUCGCCGGCAGAUAUUUACUUUAUAAUAGACGAAAUAGCAUUGCAUGGUCGUUCAUUUUCAGAGGAUUACUUCCCUUUGGGUUAAGGUUAAUGAAGGCAGUCUCGAAAUAAUGUCUUCCUCCACCCGCGUACAUCCUUUCACUGGAGGUGAAAUCGCAAUGUUUUAAGAUAUAAGAGUUAAAGAGCAACGCUCUUAACUUUAUAAAGUGACAUUCAAUCUUCACUGAAAGGCUAAUGUCAUCAUUUACAUUAACAAAUGAUCUUCGCUAUAUAGUAAUGCGGAAACACUUAUACUGGUAAUAUUUUUUUUCUUGCUCUGAUAUGUCCACGCUACUCUGGCGGUUUCCAGCUGCAAAGACGACUCGUGUAAUUGAUCACGUGACGUAAGGUUUACCGCACCCCCUACGUCAGCACAUUUAUAAAAAUAUAAAUACAGACGAAGGAGACUUGGAAAUUCCACAACAUUUUUGUGUCGAGGUUAAACAGAAGUCGCAGCAAUACUCCAGUAAAAUGAAGCAGAACGUAAUAAUCGCUGCAUUCGUCACUGUUUUGAUUAUGAUGUGUAGAACGACUACGGGGAACCAGGAAGGAGCAAUGCUUGAGGAGAUAGAAGAAAACACAGCUAAUAGAAGACUGAGGUAAAAGGGGAUCCAUAGAUUCCUUGUACAACAAGAGUAAUUUUUCGACUUGAUAUAAAGAAAUUUAAAAAAACAACGAAUUUUUGUAUUAUAUCACCUUAACAGGCCCGAACAUUCGAUAAACUUCGAUAUAUAGCAUUGAAUUAAGCGACAGAAGUUUUCU